AUGUCCACCAUCGCUCCGGCAUUUGUUGGUGACGCAGCAGACAUCCUGGGUCGACGGACACUAUAUAUCAUUACAAUAGGCCUGUAUGUGGCGUCCAAUGCUGCACUGGCCAAGGCAAGAUCGUUCCCUGCCUUACUCGGACUUAGAAUGUUGCAAAGCGCAAGGACUUUCUCGAUCGCCUACGGCGUCAUAGCCGAUAUAGCCUCGCCUGCAGGACGUGGGUCUUAUGUCAGUGCCCUAUCUUUUGGGAUCACUACCGCUCCAAGCAUCGGACCUGUAUUGGGUGGUGCGCUAGCCUUUACUGCCGGCUGGAGAUGGAUCUUUUGGUUUCUGUGCAUUGCAUCUGGAUGUUGUUUUGCGAUGAUGGUCAGCACUCUGCCUGAGACAGCUCGCAACCUUGUCGGUAACGGGUCAGUGGCUCCGCCUUUAGGAGCCCGGCUCCCAUUUGACCGAUUUAUGAAUCACUGGAAUGUGCCUUCUCAUUGCGAUGGAAGAAGAUUUCCAAACCCCCUCGAGUCCUUGUGGAUUCUCCACUACAAAGACAAUCUCAUAUUAAUUGUGGGGGGCAGCAUCCUUUACAUGGUGUACUGUUGCAUUCAUGCAUCUCUAGCAACCCAAUUCAUCGACUUCUAUGGUCUGAAUCAGUGGCAAGCUGGCUUGAUAUACCUGCCUUUCGGAGCAGGCUGCACAUUGUCAACAGUUUUCUCGGGUAAGCUUAUUGAUAAGGGCUACAAAAGCAUCGCUUUACUUUACGGCCUGCCACUUGACAGAACAACAAGGGGAGGCCGGGAACUUUUCCCCUUUGAGAAAGCUAGACUGCGAUGUAUCUGGAUCCCUAUCACUACUGCCACUGUUUCCGUAUCGGGAUUUGGAUGGGUUCUAGACAAAAAGACGCAUAUCUCCAUACCUUUGGUCUUCCAGUUCAUCGCUGGCGUCAGCAUCCAAACCUGCUUCAAUAUUUACAACACUUUGCUCGUCGAUAUCAACCACCGCAAGCCAGCUGCGGCUCAGGCUUCGAACAACCUUGUGCGUUGCACACUUGCCGCACUUAUGGUAGCAUUACUUCAACCAAUGAUAGAUCACAUUGGUGUGGGAUGGACAUUUACAAUCAUGGGUGCAAUGUGCCUCAUCUCUACUUUGCUGUUUGUUGUGGAAUACUGCAGCGGCAUGGCGUGGAGAGGGGAGCGAAAUCUACUUGCAGCACCAGAAAGACAUCAGCUUGAAUCGAAUUGA